AUGCCGUCGCAGAUACUAUCUAACUUGGAAGAGUAUGAGCUGACCGUUGAUCAAAACAUUGGUCUCGGUCAGCUAUUUUACAUCCAGAUGAAACGAAACCCUGCAUCAAUCGCCGUAUUUGAUGAAAGCGAGCAACUCAACUAUCAAGAGCUGCAUUCGGCCGCACUGAUUAUUGCUCAGAGUCUCAAAGAGGAGCAGAUCAAGUUUGAAGAGCCGGUUGGCAUUAUCGUGCAGCAUGGCAUCGCAGAUGUGGUAGCCCAGAUGGGAAUUAUAUAUGCUGGUGGAAGCUGCGCUCCAAUGGAUCCCACUCUACCAGAUGGCCUCAUUCAGACUCGUUUGGAGAGACUCCAUGCAAGAUGCAUAGUGGUAGACGACACCAACAAAGGUCGAAGUCUUAGUUUUCGCCGUCUCGGUGUCAACAGCAAGACACAGGCAACAUCCAAAGAGUCAUGGAUGUCUUGGUUAUCAAAAUCAGAAUUCCCUUUACCGACAACCCUCGAACAUCGAUCUCAUUUGAUUCAUACCUCGGGGACAACCAGCGAGCCAAAGGCGGUGCAGAUUGCUGCGCGUUCCAUCCUACAAAUUGUGUAUCAUGCACCCUUUGAGGCGAUUGAGAAGACCAAUACUGUAGCUCAUGUCAACAACACCAGUUUUGACGUCGCGUUGUUUGAUAUAUGGGUGCCCCUAUUACGCGGUGCGCGUAUCGCAGUAUUGAGCAAAGCCACCCUUCUCAACCUGCCGGCCAUGGCAGCUGCCAUUGACCAAAUGGGGAUUAACAUUAUGGCCACCACUACCGCUCUGUUGAACCUUGCAGCCACGACAUAUCCACGUGCAUUUGCGCAAUUGAAGACGUGUUUCAUUGGCGGCGAAGCAGCAAAUGUGACGGCACUUCAGGCAAUUUUGACGCAAGGCCCGCCCCGCCAACUGAUAAAUGCUUAUGGCCCCACUGAGUGUUGUAUUUUUUGCUUGGCGCAUGAAGUUACCCUUGACGACACCUCAAGAGGGUCCGUCAGUAUUGGGAGACCAGUGGGCAAGACGGUCGCGCGCAUCUGUGGUGAGGAUGGAAGCCCUGUUGCGGACGGCGAGGAGGGGGAACUUUGGAUUGCUGGUGCCGGCGUGUCAUCUGGUUAUGUGGACCAGCCUGCGAAGAAUUCGGCCUGCUUCGUUAUUAUCAGCGAGGAGAACAAGAUUCAACGAUUCUAUCGCACCGGCGAUAGGGUCAGACGGAGAAUCAAUGAUGGACAGAUUGACUAUGUAGGGCGUCAGGAUCAUCAGGUCAAAGUCCGCGGCUACCGAAUUGAGCUCGAAGCGGUUGAAGCCGCAAUGUUGAGGACUGGUCAGUUCUCCGACGUGGCUGCAUUGAAAGCAGAAGCUAGUGAAGGGGCUGGGUCUAUCCUCGUCGCUUUCGCGGUUUCAGUUUCCUCAAAGCCUCAAGCCAUUUUGAAGGCGACGAAGUCACUCAACCAAGCUCUUCCAGCAUACAUGGUACCUCAGAUUGAAUUGAUUCCACAACUACCUCUCAACAGCCAUGGAAAAGUCGACCGAAAGCACCUGUCUCAGCUUUACCGCAAGCGUUGGACAGAUCACAAAGCCCCUAGCGCUCAUAAAGGUACAGGUACCACCCAAGACCGGCUGGCCAGUCUAUGGCAGGACAUUUUGGGUAUAUCAUCUGUACUUGUUGACACAGAGACCGACUUCUUCCACCUUGGCGCCACGUCUUUGCAGGCCUCGCUUCUGAUCAGCCGUAUUCGUCAGAAUUUCAACACAAGCGUCUCGCUCUUGACAUUGUACGACAACUCCACUCUCGGGAGAUUGGCAAUUGUGGUUGAAAGGGCCAAUGUGAACGGAGCAAAAUCCGAAACCAUCCGCCAUGAGCAGUCAGUUUGGGUUGAAGACACGAAAGUCGCCGAUGAUCUCGUUCCACCUUCAGGGCCGGUGGUUAAUUGGCGCCGUGAUACAGAAGGACGUGUGUUUUUCACCGGAGCCACAGGCUUUGUCGGUGCAUUCAUGGUGGCAGAUCUCCUUCGCAUGCGAGAGGUGCAUCAAGUGGGAUGCUUGGUUCGAGCUUCUGAUGUGAACUCGGGAUUCGAACGACUCAAGAGUGCAAUGGUAAAAUACGGCCAAUGGGAAGACCGAUUUUCUGACAAGAUAUUGGUGCUCUGUGGCUCACUGGAAGACGUCUAUCUAGGCAUGGGGUAUGAGCGCUUCCAUGAGAUAGCCAAGUGGGCAAGCGUGGUCUUUCACUUGGGUGCUCGGGUUAACUACACGCAACCUUACUCAAUGCACCGUCCCGCAAACGUUGUUGGGACCAGGAACAUACUGCGGCUUGCAAGUACAGGCAGGAACAAAGCCUUGCACUACGUCUCCAGCAUUUCAUGUUUCGGUCCCACCGGUUUUGUGACAGGCACAUCAACAAUCACAGAGGAUGAGCCUCUCCUGAAACAUGUUGUGGCGCUCCCAUACGACCAUGGAUACGCCCAAAGUCAAUGGGUAGUUGAAGGGUUAUUGAGACGCGUCAUGGACCGCAACUUUCCCGUGGCUGUCUACCGCCCAGGCUUCAUCACGGGACACAGUCGCACAGGCGCGUGUAAUUUGGACGAUUUCUUCAGUCGAUUGAUACACUCUUGCACUGAGAUUGGAUAUUAUCCGUUACUGCCGAAUCAGCGCAAGGAGUUCGUCCCCGUGGACUACGUCAAUGCCACCAUCUUGCAUAUUGCGGGAUUGCCGGCGAGUUCGUCUUUAGGUCAUGCGUAUCACAUUGUGCCUCCCAGUCGUGAGGAAUCAAUCGAUAUGAAUCAUACGAUGGAGUUGGCUGGUGCGGUUUUAGGUGGCUCCAUGAAGGGCUUACCCUACUCAGAAUGGGUUGAUGUGUUGAGUGAGAAAGUUCCCGAGCGGCUGCAGCCACUUCAACCGAUGUUGGCAGAAAGGGCGCAUGGGGCCAUGACUCGGUGGGAGCUGUAUGAGAACAUGCCGCUGUACGACACCACAAAUACUGCCCGGGCUCUAAAGAGUUAUCCAGGAGGUCUUCGAUUUCCGGUGCUGGAUAGAAGCCUUAUGGAGAAGUAUGUGGGAUGUCUCGAUGCCGGAGCCUCAGUUGUGUGA